AGCCUUCUUUCCCAACGUUAUCAUAUAUUCCCCCCUCCUACUUGCAAUUUCUCUAGCAAAUACACUAUCAAGAGAGAGAGAAAAGAGAGACAUUUUGUGACGAAAAAAAAAAAAAAAGGAAAAGGACUAAAGUUGGAUGGUUGUAGGGUUUUGCACGUAAAAGCUCGUGUUUAAUCAUCAUAAUGACUAGCAUUAUGGGCACAGAGGAUGAUAAGUAUAGCACGAUUAACUUCGAAGAGACGGAGUUGCGUUUAGGGUUGCCCGGCGCCAACGGAAACGACGGUGAAACUACCAAAAACAACGGAAAACGAGGGUUCUCGGAGACCGUUAAUUUGAAGCUUAACCUUUCAUCAAAGGAGACUGUAGCCGAGGAUUCCGAGAAGAUGAAGGAGAAGAGCUCAACUGACCCUGCAAAGCCACCUGCCAAGGCACAAGUGGUGGGAUGGCCACCAGUCAGGUCAUUCCGGAAGAACAUCAUGGCCGUCCAAAAAGCCAGUUCCGAGGAGGAAGGUGGCAGCAAGAAGGCCGGAAACAGUGCAGCCGCCACUACUACCACCACGGCUGCGGCGUUUGUUAAGGUCAGCAUGGACGGUGCACCUUAUCUACGCAAAGUGGACUUGAAACUAUACAAGAGUUACCAACAACUCUCUGAUGCCUUGAGCAAAAUGUUCAGCUCCUUCACUAUUGGUAACUGUGGGUCUCAUGGAAUGAAAGAUUUCAUGAAUGAGAGCAAAUUGAUAGACCUUUUGAAUGGUUCUGAGUAUGUUCCUACUUAUGAAGACAAAGAUGGAGAUUGGAUGCUUGUUGGAGAUGUUCCAUGGGAGAUGUUUGUUGAUUCGUGCAAACGCUUACGAAUUAUGAAGGGAUCUGAGGCAAUUGGACUUGCACCAAGAGCAGUAGAGAAGUGCAAGAACAGAAGCUAAGGUAGGUUUAGAAACAACCAUCCCAAUUAAAAUCAAGCCAGUAUGUGAAACCAGUUGAAUCGAGAACCGAGAUCGAGUAGAGGGUCUGAAUGUGUUGAUGAAGAAGAAGAAAUAUUAAUAAAAGUUAGUAGGGAUAUGUUUUGAUAUUUAUUAAGGGACAAGAAAUCAAAUAAUAGAAAAUUCAUAAAGUUUACGUUCAA